AUUGAAUUCAACUGAAUUCAAUUAUUCAAAUUAAAACCUUCUCGACCCAUUCCACUGUUGAUUUCUCCCUCGCCGAAACCCUCGCCGUCGUCGAGCUCCAGCGCCGCGGCCGUCGUUCUCGAGCUCAGCGACCCUUCCUACCCACUCGUUCUGCACUUCCGUCGUUCUCGUUCUCUAGUUUCUUAUCGUUUGCCUACAAAUAUGCCAAUCGCUCAGACAAUGCCGUGACGGAGUGAAGGAAUAGCAUCACCAUCUUUGAUUACUGAAGACCUGAAAACUAUGGACCUUGCUCUCCUUGCGCGACUGCAAAACCAGCUCUCUUCCUCUUCUGCCGACUCACCUCGUUGCCUCAGGGCCCUUUCCUUGGCUCGAUCUCUCCUUACGCACCCCGAUUCCACUGAGAACACUCGCCGCUCCAUCGUUGACAUCCUCAUUGGCUCCCUCCGCCACCGCGCUGACGACUCUACCAUCCUCCGUUUGAAACUCAAGAUCCUUGGUGAUGCAGCCAUGCUAUCCCGAGAAUUCGCCUCCGCCGUGGUCGCUGCUGUUCGUCCUUUCCUUGAUAGUUGCGACAACCUAGCGGCGGAUGCCCUUGCAACUCUUGUUUCCGCCGCGGAGGCACAUGCACUAUGUGCUGAUAGAGAAGCUGGUGAUAAAGGGGGAGGAGAGCUUCCUCUUAUUGCAUCCGUCUUAAACGGCGAUAUUCUUAUAUCGCUUGCUUCAAGCCCAAUUGCGGCUGUUCGGUCGGGGAUACUUGAUCUCUUGGUGAGGAGUGUGGAGGGAAUGCGUGGCGAUUUGUUUAGGCGUCAUCUAGUAAUCAGAAUUUUUCGCAGUCUUGUGAUGGAUCUCUACCCCUUGGUUAGGAGACGUGCGGUUGAUGGCAUGAUAGCUUUGCUAAGGUAUGCCGGUGGUGGCAUUGAUAGUUUGGACGUGGAGCAUUUUUUUGAUCGUGCUGUUGAGCUUCUCAAGGACGAAGCGGAGGUAGUGAGAUUGGUUGCUGUUCGAUUGAUCAGCGAAUGUGGGGAGAUUUUUACUGCCAGCCAACAGGGUGCUGAGCAUAGUGACCAAAUGACUAUGAUAUUUGUUCAGCUUGGUUCAAUGGCAAGAGAUAUGUGUGUGGAAGUUAGAUAUGAAGCUUUUAUUGCUCUUGGGAGAGUAAGACUAGUACAGGAGAAUGUCCUGUUACAGUCUCUCUCCAAGAAAAUAUUGCGCGCCAAGAGUGGAUCUCAUGUUGAAAGUUCUGUCAAUGGAACUAAAAUUUCAUUGCAAUCGGCUGCUGGCAUUUUUGUGCACGGGAUUGAAGAUGAGUUUUACAAGGUACGGGAAGCUGCCUGUAGAUCAAUGGGAAAGCUAAGUAUUUCCUCCGCCCAAUUUGCUAAUGAGGCCAUAAACUUGUUAAUGGAUAUGUUAAAUGAUGAUACAGAGGUGGUUCAAUUACAAACUUUGCAAACACUGUGUCAUAUGGCAACUUGUAACAGCCUAAUAAUACAGAGUAAACACACGCAAAUGUUUCUUUGGCUGUUAUCAGAUAUUAAUGCCUCGAUAAGAUGCAAAGCAAGGAAACUGCUUCAGCUAGUGAAGUUGCCUGAUCUUGUGACAUUCACUAAAGCAAUUGAUUCUCUCAUCACCAAUUUAGAGACAUUCCCAGAGGAAGAAAAAGAUAUCUUCUUUGUUCUUUUCUUUCUUGGUAAGAAUCACAAGAAGUUCUCGACUAAGGUAGCUAAAGAAUUUGCGAAAAAGACAGAUCUCUCAUGUGGAGAGCUGAUCUUAGAUAGUCCUGGGGCAGCAGCAAAGUUAGUGUUAAUCAUCUCAUCAUCUUUCUUCAAUGAACAGCGAACUACUGAUAUACCUGCGGUUCUGUUUUCUUAUGCAGUUCCUCUUUGUGGAAGAAUUGCCUCAGCUCUUAGAGGUGCUAUAAGCCAAGAUUCCCUUGUUGCUUAUUUAUGCUCUCAAAGCAAAGAAGUCAAUAAGUUAUACAGUUCUGCUGGCCCAGUUGAUUUCACAAUGUUUGAUUUUGCUUUCAAGGGAAAUACAUUGGAUUUUAGCGAGAUAGUAACAUUCCCUGAGCAACUGCAGGACAGCAGUGAGCUGUUGAAUGAUGAAAUAAUGCACUCCAUUAAGCUUAAUUUGAAAACUAUUGGUGAAGCCUGGCCCUUGAUCAAGUCACAUCAGCUACAUAAAGUGCGAAGCUUGUUAAGGGAUUGCAAAGAAGAAUUAGAAACCAUUGCUUUGGAUGUUGACCAAUCUGCUUGUGGAUUUUUAGACUUUGUAUCAUUGUACAUUGAGGCAAUCCAUUUGAUUGCUGAAGUGUGGGAGAGGUGUCUAUCAACUGGAUCUCACUUUAUGGGUAUGACGGCACUGGAUAUCAAACUGGAAAAGUUAGACUCAAAUCUCAAAAGAUUGAGGAAUGCCUUCUGUGAUCUGCAGAGCGACGAAGAGUGUCAUGUUCUAGAGUUGACCUUACUUAGUUAUGCUUUUAGACUCACCGAGAUUGGGGUACACCCUGAACCUAUAUUCGCAGAGCUGAAAUCUAUAAUUUUGCGCUUGGAGUUCCUUUGUGAAGGAUCAUCUAAUCUUUCUGCUUUUGCCAAAGAAGUCAGGCGUGUUUGCAAUGGAUGCACAACGGAUACAGACUUCCAUCCACAUGUGUUCCGAAAGAUGGUGGAACUCUUCUAUCCUCAAAAGGUGACAUAUUCUGGAAGAUUCAAACAGAAAAAAGCCGAAGUUCGAGUUAUAGGAAAUGAUUCAGAAAACCCUCUGACUUUUAUUCCAGGACUACCAGUUGGCAUCCCCUUCCACAUAACUAUAUACGAGGUUUUAAACAAUGACAGGCUCUGGAUCUUAAUGGAAAUGGGCAAGUCAAUUAACUAUGUCUUCCUUGAUCUAAGCCAAUUCAAAGGAUCUGAGGCAAAGAGAAACCAGACUCUCCAUGUUCCAUUUUAUGGAACUCCAAAAGCACCAUCCUUUUCGUUGAAAGUUUAUAUAGCUAUGGAGUGUCCUGACGAUCCCACAAACCAGAAGAGAGGUCAGGGCGGGCCAAUCAACAAUUUGGCUAUAAUAUCUAUCGAAAAUAGUGUUUAUUUUGUUAACGUCAGUAACAAAUGACACACUGGAGCCUAAGCUUGGACUUGCUGCUCCAUUUCUCCAUAUGUUUAGUGUGAUGAGAAAAUGUGAUCAGCCAUCAGCGACCCAGUAUGGCAUUAUGCAGAAUUUAUUCAUUUACUCAAAGAACACCACUUAAGGGAUGUUUAUCUUCCCGACAUUUGCAACCUAGGAUUCCCAUUUAUCCAAGAGCUGCAAUAAUUUACAUCAACCCAAAUACUUGCAGAGUGGUGUGAGGCAAGUCCUAAAACUCGGUAUGAGAUUCUUUCAUAUGUCCAUGAGUGCAAGCAAUGCUUCAGCUUUCUAUUAGAGGAUGCCCAUUUCGUCAUGGUUGAAGGAAUAUCAUGCUGACUUCUAUUUACCUGAUACCAGUACAUCUAUCCAAGAUCUGCAAUAAUUUACAUCAACUCAUAUACUUGCAGAGUGAUGUGAGGCAAGUCCUAAAAUUCGGUAUGAGAUCCUUUCAUAUGUCCAUGUGUGCAAGCAAUGCUUCAGCUUUUUAUUAGAGGUCCAUUUCAUCAGGGUUGAAGGAAUAUCAUCAGCAAAGCUACAAUCCGCUUAGAGGAACUCAGAUUUUAGAGAAGAGCCCUCCAUAGGAAACACCAGAGCUGAGAUGGUUCAUAGGUUAAAGCUGUAAUCUUUACUAUGUUAAUUAACCAAUUAGAUUCAAUUAAAUCCUCAAAUGUAUCAUAAUGGCUCAGGUAUAUCCUAUGGAGGUUCCUUUUUCAAACGUUGAUUUUUUUUUUUUGCAACUUCGAGUUGUAAAAUAGAGUAUGUAUACGGCACGAUAUGUUAAUUAGAGGUGGUUAUGGGUUUAGGAAGGCUGUUUUCUUAUUAUUGUAA